AUGGACUUGGUUCAAACUAUACGAAAGGAGGGCAGUCGUGGUGGGAGAGGGGAUUUUAAGUGGAGCGAUGUUCAAACGUCGUCGCAUAGGGAGAACUAUCUUGGGCACAGUGUGAUGGCGCCAACUGGCCGCUGGGCAAGGGGCAGGGAUCUGACAUGGUAUGCGAAAGGCGACAAAGACGCUGCUGAUGCAGAGGCCAGUGCUCGUAAGGAGGAGAUCAGACGGGUCAAAGAAGCUGAAAAUGACGCUAUGCUUCGAGCUUUAGGUCUACCGGUGCCUGACAGGGCUAAUCCCAACAACGAGCCGCUGGGCAGCAAGAAUGACCUGGACAAAGCGCUUCGUGACACUAAUACUGCUGAGCAGCCAGUCGCUGGUGGCAUUGGAUACGGCAAACUUAAUGCGGCUGAAGGGAGCUCGAAUCAGAAUAUCGAGCGCAUUGAGGGAAAUGCCGAGAAUACAACCGUCGACAUCGCGACGACCGACCUACUUCUCGAAACGAAACCCGCAAUCGAAGCCGCAGUCGAGAACGAGAUCGAGACCGAGACCGAAAGCAUCGCCACCGCAGCAAAGACCGAGAGCGCAGACGCCGCUCCAGGUCGAGAGAGAGACAACGACGACGAGAUUAUUCGUCAGACCGAGAAAGAACGCAUCGCCACCGUAGAAGCCACUCACCCACGCGACAACGACGACACGAUCAACGCAGGGAUCGAUGAAAAUUGCCCGGUGAGCGCACGCGGGUAA